GCGCCAUCGACGCCAACAUUUCUACCUUGUCUUUUGUUUUGGAAAGUGACUAAGACAAAUCCAGAAUGUUAAUCAUAGCACUACGAUGACACGAUGAGGAAUCAUGACUUAGUCGGCUUACCUGCCGUUCAACUCUAUGCCCAUAACUUGUGACAGAGUUCCAUUAACCAGGGAAGGCUGAUAUUCAGAAAAGCAAUAUGUCUGGCGAUAGUACGCUCGUCGACAUGGAGACGGCUGCAGAGCUUCCGGUGGGAGACGUCGACGGACAAGUAGUAGAAAGUAGCGACAACAAGAAUUCCACAGACGUGUGGGGGGCGGGUGACAUGUACGAGACGCAACUGUCGAAUAGUGAGCACCACGACAGCGUGGAAAGUAAGUCGGCAGACAUUGCCACGGACCAGUACGACCCGGCGUUGCCCGGAGACGCAGUGGCACAGGAGCCGAUGGACAUGCAAUUUAUUUCCGCGCCGGUGGACGCGCAAUUCGUUUCCGCGCCGGUGGACGCGCAAUUCGUUUCCGCGCCGGUGGACGCGCAAUUCGUUUCCGCGCCGGUGGAUGCGCAAUUCGCUCCCGCGCCCAUGGACACGCAAUUCGUUCCUGCGCCGAUGGACGGGCAAUUCGUUCCAGCGUCGAUGGACGCACAAAGUGAUUCGGCACCAUCCGACGUUAACACGCUGGAAGCCUCCAACGAACAAGUGCAACCUGGCGUUUGUAGCCAGGUCAGCGAGGCGAUGGUAUGCAGUGAUUCGGAGGGAGCCAUCGCCGAGGAAACGCAGAAGGAAAUCGCGGAGGCAGUGGAAGCGCCUUUGUCGCAGGACGCGGUGGAAGCGCCUUUGUCGCAGGACGCGGUGGAAGCGCCUUUGUCGCAGGACGCGGUGGAAGCGCCUUUGUCGCAGGACGCGGUGGAAGCGCCUUCGUCGCAGGACGCGGCGGGAGACGCCCAUCCCUGUGAGGAUCCCGCGCAAGACGCGCCGCCGUCGGAUCGUGAUAGUAAACCCGGCGAAGCCCCGCCCGACGCCCUCCCAGACUCCACUGAGCAGCAGCAGGUGACGAUGGAGGAGGCGGCGGGGGGGGAGGACACGCCGGUGGGGGAGGGCACGCCCGGUGAAGCGCAGCCCCUGCCGGACGUCGCCGAGCCUGAGCCGCCGGAGGAGGAGAAGCCACCGGAGGAUAAGCCUCCGCUGACGAGGGAGGAGCUGCUAGAGGAGAGGAAGAAGAGGAAGGUGGAGCGGCAAAUGCGGCUCGCCGAGCAGAAGGGCAUCACGGAACUCGACAAGUUUUGGAAGGCGGUGGUUGAGAACCCGUCGGAUUUCACAGGUUGGACAUACCUGCUGCAGUAUGUGGAACAACAGAACGCACUGGAGGAGGCGCGUGAAGCAUUUGACGAUUUCCUCGACGUGUAUCCGUUUUGCUUUGGCUAUUGGAAAAAGUACGCCGACGUCGAGAAGAGACACCAGAACUUGGAAAUGUCAGAGGAGGUGUUUGAGCGAGGCAUCAAGGGCAUUCACAUGAGCGUCGAUCUCUGGCUUCACUACAUCAACUUCUACAAAGAGCGCCACUGCAACGAUCAUGACUUUGAAGAGCAGAUGAGAAGUUUGUUUGAGCGUGCGGUCACUAUUGCUGGUGGAGAGUUCAAGUCGGACAGGCUUUGGGAGGCGUACUGCAACUGGGAGAGAGAGCAGAGCAACCUUAGGAACGUCACCGCGGUGUUCGACCGUCUGCUAGCGACUCGCAUCCAGCACCACAGCGCUAAUUUUAAGAAGUUCGAGGAACAUGUCAACAAGCAUCACCCUUGCGAGAUUCUCUGCGCGAGCGAGUUUCUCGAUUUCCGAACCAAGUAUCUGGAGACGAUCAAGACGGAGGUGAAGGAGGAGGAGGAAGAGGAGCCUCCCGCGUCGCUGACGCUGCCGCCGGGCGAGGACGAGGCCGCUGACGAGGCGAUGCCGCCCGGCGAGGAAGCUCCAGUUGCUCCCUCUAGUGACGAGACAACUCCCGCUGUAAAGGUCAAAAGUGCAGAGCAGGGGAACAAUGAGGAAGUCGCUAGCCUUCGCAAGAUGAUCAUCGAGUCUAGGUCGGAAAUCUUUGAGAAGACGGCCAAGGAAAUUCUGAAAAGGAAGCCAUUUGAAGAUCAGAUAAAACGCCCUUACUUUCACGUGAAACCGCUGGAACGAAAUCAGCUGAAAGUCUGGCGCGAGUACCUCGAUUUCGAGAUCGAAAAUGGCACCCACGAGAGUGUCGUAACGCUGUUUGAUCGCUGUGUCAUCGCGUGCGCCCUCUACGAAGACUUUUGGAUGAAGUAUGCAAAGUACAUGGAGAGUAAAAGCUUGGACGCGGUGCGGGAGAUCUAUCGAAGGGGGUGUAUGAUACAUCUACCAAAGAAACUGAACAUUCAUCUCACUUGGGCUCUCUUUGAGGAGAUUCACGGUAACUACGAGGGCGCCACGCGCGUGCUGGAGAACAUAGAGCGGCGGCAGCCGGACCUUCUCGUCGUGCCGCUGCGGCGUAUCUCGCUCGAGCGGCGGCUGCAGCACCAUCGCUCCGUCGAGGAGCUCUACCAGAAGUACAUGGGCAACGCUCCGAACCCGCAGGCAGAGGCCUUCUUUGCCGUGCGCUUUGCUCGCUACUAUCUCAAGGUAAUGCAGAACGCAUUCAAGGCGAAGGAGGUGCUUCGCGCGACGCUGAGCAGCGGCAACACGAGCGUGCGCAUCUACCAGCAGCUGCUCGACACGGCGAUGCAGACGCAGCCUCCGGACGAGGAGCUCGCUCUCGACACGUUCGAGUCGGUGAUGCACGACGAAGCCAUAUCGAAGGAGGAGAAGCUGCGCUUCUCGGAGCGACGCCUCGAGUUCGUCGAAGAGUUCUCCGCCAACAUAUCGAAAAUUGUUGACUUCUAUGAGGAACAUAAGAAGCUAGAAAAGGUUGUAAAUGACUUGACCAAAAAGAGAGGAGCUAGCAGCGCGGAGACGCCUCCAGCGAAGAAGACGAAGACGGAUGUGAUGCCGACGACUAGUAACGGGGGCGCCCGCCAGCCGCCGUACUACCCGCCCAGCAACCCGCCGCCGCAGCAGCAGCCGCCGCCGACAUCGACGCACGACACGUCCAACCAGUACAACGCCUACAACGCGUGGGCCAACUACAAUCAGCAGGCCUAUGGCUAUAAUCAGGGCUACAAUCAAGGCUACAGUCAGCCGACCUCUGGAUACAGUGGCCAGCAAAACUAUAACCAACCACCGCCGGGAUAUGGAUACAGCGGGCAGCCGUACGGGGGCAGUUACUACGGACAGUAACCACGGCAAUGCAGAUGGCAACAGUAACGUGUGGUAGUUAACGGGAAAGCCGUUACGAUGUUUCUCGCUCUUUUAUUUAGCCCUCGAUAGUUUUACGAUCUGAGUGACCGUUUGCCAUUUACUUAAUGUUGUGUAAAUGGGAAGAGCGGAGAGUACUGUCAGACUUUAAUUUGGGCAACAAUUUUAUACCAGCUCCGACCUGUUUGAAGGUGCACCAAUUUUUCCCCGAUUUUUGGUUGGAAUUCUAUACUUGGGGAAUUAGAACAUGGAAAUAUUGACACACAACUAAUAUCGUGUGAUAUAUUUUUCGUGGUAAAUAUUCCAGUGGAAUGCAAACGUCCAGUUUUCUACUGAACUUUGCGUAAAAGCCAUAAACUGAUGGAACCAACUGCCUCCGGCAUAUGCAUUUCGAGGCAGCCCUCGUGUUUAUUAUCCCCCUAGGACACUACCUUGACAUGGAAUACUUUGCAUAUUGCAUUCAUUUGUUUACAUAGCGAAAGCUCUUUCUGUCAUAAUUCUUAGGACAGCGAGUAGCAAAAUCUCGUUUGAGAAUGUGUGCAGACUCACCGGUGUGUUGGAUUGGUGUACACCUGUGUGUAAAUGUAUCGCACUUUGGGGGAGUAACGGGCAGUAAACAACGUUUAUUUGCAACGCACUCCACUUUUGUCUUUUACGAUUCUGGUUUAGUGAGUAAACGAGAUUAAUGGAAUCCUAAACAUUCCAAGUUCUUUGAUCAUCAAAUUAGAACUACAAUGUUGUAUGAUUUUGUAACAUGAUAGAUUUAUCCUGAUCAGAUGCUGUGGAUGUAAUUCAUUCUGAUGCACAUGAACAUCUUGAUGUUUGUUGACAGCUGAAAUUUGUUUUUAGUAAUUCAAUUAGAAAAUAAUAUAAAUGGUGUUUAUGAAUCCAGGUCAAAAUUUUACAAUAUACUAUCAAGUGAAAUGUGACUCAUAAUAGACAAUGCAUACUCUCACUGUCAUUCUUAAUGUCUUUUUAAACUACAAUUGCCUCAAAUCUCUUGCAUUUCAAUCAAUAUCAAAAUAGUUUCAGGCAAAUAUCUUAUGUCAUAAACUAGUUUAUUUCUUGUUUCUUAUAAUUUACAAUAUUCAAGACUGUAGGGCUUUAGUCAAAUUAGUUACUCCAACAAUUGUAUUAUCACAACUUGUUCAAGUGUAAUUCCAGGUAAAUAAAUGAUGCUGAUUUGCUAAAAUUA